CAAACAGACACUGCAUGCUGCAUGGCGGUCCAUGGGAUGAUGGUAUCUUGUUCAGCAGAUACAAAGAUCACAGGACCAAACAACAAAACAUCAUGAUUGCAAGAAACUUUAGAAGAAGACAAACUCUAGAAUAUUGCGAAGCCAUGACCUAUACUAAUUUUACAAGAUAGUGUCAACAAGCGAUAGGAAAUGGGCGAGUUAAGCCUACAAAAACAGCUUCAGAAAACAUUCCAAGUUCUUGAAUCGGUUGUUUGUCUCUGGGAGAAGACGCUAGCCGACUGUGCUGGUACGGUUACUGUGGUAACCAACCUGUGUGAGCAGUACUCUGACUGUAAAGGCGUGGCUGUUGAAGCACUCCCAGUGGGGAAGGUAUUACCAGAUGUCCAGGAGAGGCUACUGUACAAGAUUCUAUCAGAGUUGGAUAAUAAACUAGCCAAUCUACAUGACAAGCUUGCUGUGAAAGAGGAACAAGAUAAGUUCUGCAGACAUCAUGACCAGUGUGUGAAGUUGUACAAGAGACAUUCCAGUGAACUUGAUGUGUAUAAGAUGACUGACUCGACAGCAACAUGGCCGUCGAUGUCGGCCAUGUUGGAAAUACUCGUGGAUUCGGAAUGUUUGCUCUUUGACUUAUAUAAUAUGAAGAUGCAUUGGAUAGAACAGUUGUCAGAAGAGAAGACUUUAAACUCUGAUAUCCUGGCCCAAACAUGGUCGUCAGCAGACAAAGAUAUUCUACAAAACCUCAGAGAUUCUCUCUGUCAUCUGACAUUCUUUGUACAAGAGAGGCUUUGAUACAGUACCUACAAUAUUGUCCUCCCUACCCUAGCGUUGCACCGGGUAACAACACCAACAUGGGACUCCUACACGGCGUAACUCAUACAGCACUGGGUAACGUCAACCAUAUGGAACUCCACAUGGAGGGAGUCUCACAGGCUGCACUGGGUAACACCACCAACAUGGGACUCCUACAUGGCGUAACUCAUACAGCACUGGGUAACAUCACCCAUAUGAAACUCCACAUGGAGGGAGUCUCACAGGCUGUACCUGGUAACACCACCAACAUAUGCUCUUGGUAACACCACCAACAUGGACUCUCACAUGGAGCACCUCAGGCUGCACCUGGUAACACUGCCAACAUGGAAACUCUCAUGGAGCACCUCAGACUGCACCUGGUAACUCCGUCAACACAGACUCUCUCAUCGAGCACCUCAGGCUGCACCUGGUAACACCACCAACAUGGACUCUCCCAUGGAGCACCCCAGGCUGCACCUGGUAACACAUCCAACAUGGACUCUCACAUGGAGCACCUCAGGCUGCACCUGGUAACACCACCAAC